AUGAAUCCUAAGGGUGUAUUGCCCAACGACAACGCUCUAGAUGACAACAGAGGCAUAGACACAGAAGAAAGGAUGCUGAUAGAUAGUGGUGAUGAGACUGCUACAGAACAGAAACAGCUAGCUCAAGGUGCAAGUGUGAUUGAGACUGGACAAGAGGAUGUGCAGAGUUCAGAGCAGAUGCGUCACCAGGAGAGGGUGAUUUCCAUUCUACAGUUUCGUAGUGAAGUAGAAAAUUGGAUUACUCGCAUGGAGAAUGUCCUGGCGGAUCACCUUGAAAGUGUGUCUUCUAGGGAAUUCAAGUCAUCAAAAAGUUUCAAGUCAUCGAGACAUUCCAGGAGUUCAACCAGGUCAGCAUAUACAAAGGAGCGUGCAAGGUUGGCUGAACUUUUAGUUGAAAAGUCAUUACUUGAAGAGUCUAAGAAAUUGCAAUCUUUGAAGUUAGACAUUAAAAUUGCUAAAUCUCAGGCACGUGAGAAAGUCUAUGCUGAUUCACAAGCAGACACAAGAACUUAUACGUCUGGUGUGGUGGAGUGUAAUCCUUAUGUUUCUGACACUUUAGUUGAUCAUGAUAAAAGGAUCUCUGUAGCAUCAAGACCUAGUGUCAAUCCUAUCAUGCCUGAUGUCAAGCCUUCCAUGAUUGAUGUCAAGCCUUCUAUGCCUGAUGUCAAAGCUACUGUGCCUGAUAUGCUAAGAUCUCCUGGCAACAUGCCCGAAUAUCUUGAAGUAGUUCCUCAUGCUAGCAGCUCUAUAGAUCGACUCUACUACCUGGAACAGCAGCUUGAGGGAGAACCAAAGGACUUGAUUGCUGGAUGUCUCUACAUGGAUCCAGAGGAAGGCUACACUAAGGCCAGGGACCUGUUGAGUAUUGUGUUGAAGUUGCCAGUGCAUCUACAAAAUAAAUGGCAUGAUCAUGUUACCAGAGCACAACUUCAUAGCAACAGGCCUGUUGACUUUGAAGAUCUUGUGCAUUUCAUUGAGUUUGCUUCUAGAUCUGCUAAUGAGCCUGUGUUUGGAAAGGAAGCUAUAUCCAAGAGCCAAGUUCACUGGGGAUCCAAACAAGGCAAGAGUUCAAAGAAAGAUGGAGCCAAGUCAAAUACUGUGCUCCAAGCGAUUCUUCCAGUUCUGAUUCAACAAAAGGGAAGUGACAAGCUGGUGAAGAUCUAUGCACUACUUGACAACAGGAGUACUGGCUGCUUUAUAACGGAGGAUUUUAGACAGCGACUUGAGACUACAUCUACAGCAUCUUCACUGAAACUUCGGACUAUGCACGGACUUCAUGUUGUGAGUACGCAUGUUGUGGAAGGUCUUGUUGUGUCAGAUCUCAAUGGUGAUAAUGCAGUGACGCUUCCAAGAACUUUCACUCGAGAGGAGAUACCUGUAAGUCAUAGUCAGAUUCCCAAUCCUGACAUUCUGAAGAAAUGGCCUCAUCUGUGUGCUAUGGCUGACAAGUUGCCCAAAUACCUACCUCAUCUGGAUAUUGGUCUUCUUAUUGGGAGUAACUGUCCUCUUGCACUUCAACCUCAGCAAGUGAUUCCAUCUCAAGGUGAAGGUCCUUUCGCCGUACUCUACAGACAUGGAUGGACUGUCAGUGGGCCGCUUUAUAUCAAGUUCAACCCAGUUGAUAAUACACUCACAUGCAAUCGUGUGCUCUUCCAAGAACUCACCUGGGCAAAAGAAUGUCUCACUGAUGUGAUACUGAAUAUGUUUGAAAUGGAUUUUAAUCUCAAGGACACUGGAAUAUUACCUGGUGAACGUGGUUUCUCUAGAGAGGAUGAUCAGUUUAUCGACAUGGCAAAUAAAGGCAUCGCGGAAGUUAACGGCCACUUUGAAUUGCCAUUACCACUCAGGGAUCCAGACAUUGAUUUUUCCAACAACAGAGAACAAGCCGAGAAGAGAGCAAUGUGGCAAAGGAAGAAAAUGCUACAUGAUGAUGAGUAUCAUGAACAUUAUACUGCCUUUAUGGAUAGUCUGCUUUCCAAUGGAUAUGCCUACAAGGUCCCAAGUGAUGAGCUAGCACCUGUACCAGGAAAGGUUUGGUAUCUGCCACACCAUGGUGUAUACCAUCCGAAGAAGCCUUCAAAAAUCCGCGUAGUAUUUGACUGCAAAGCAAAGUUUGAAGGGUUUUCUUUAAAUGACAGACUCUUGCAAGGACCUGAUCUCACGAACUCCCUGAUAGGUGUUCUUACCAAAUUCAGAAAUGAACCAGUUGCCUUCAUGGCUGAUAUUGAAGCCAUGUUUUAUCAAGUUCGUGUUCCUCCUCAACAACAUGAUCUGUUACGCUUCCUGUGGUGGCCAAAUGGUGACUUGAACUCGGAGCUACAUGAGUAUAGGAUGGCUGUUCACAUUUUUGGAGCAGUUUCUUCCCCCAGCAUAUCCAACUUUGCUCUCAAAGCUGCUGCAAAGAAAGCUGAAGAGAAAUAUGGAAGCCUUGCUGCUGACACAAUCUGCAACAAUUUUUAUGUUGAUGAUUGUCUCAAAUCGGAAUGCACGGAAGAGGCAGCUAUUGACUUAAUGGACUCUUUGCAGAAAUCAUGUGCAGAAGGUGGCUUCAAGCUUACUAAGUUCACAGCUAACAGUCGCAAUCUUCUCAGAUCCAUACCACAGGAACAUCACUCAAAAGAACUCCAAACACGUGAUUUAGACUAUGACGAACUGCCUGUUGAACGUGCUCUAGGGAUGCAGUGGCAUAUCAACGGUGAUGUUUUUGGAUUCUCAGUUCACCUGAAGAGUAAGCCAUUCACACGAAGAGGACUCUUGUCUACGAUGUCGUCACUCUAUGAUCCUUUAGGAAUUGUUGCACCAGUUUUGUUACCAGCCAAGAAGAUGUUACACGAUCUGUGCAUCAACAAGCAGCUCGGAUGGGAUGAUGACAUACCUGUGGAAUACAAGGCAUCAUGGGAGCAGUGGAUAGAAGAGCUUCAGCAUUUGAGUACACUACGGAUUGACAGAUGUCUCAAACCUGCUGAUUUUGGACAUGUUAUUUCUGUUCAACUACAUGUAUUCUCUGAUGCAAGCACUGUUGGAUACGGUUGUGUAGCAUAUCUACGUAUGUCUAACGAAGAAGGCGGUAUUCACACAGCUUUCUUGAUUGGAAAGUCUAGGCCUGCUCCAGUGAAAACUAUCACUGUUCCCAGGUUGGAAUUAACUGCAGCCACCGUGUCUAUUCACAUCGGACAACUGUUAAUGAAGGAACUGGAGACUACACCUGAAAGUGUCACCUACCACACAGACUCAACGACGGUGUUACACUAUAUCAGCAAUGAAACAAAGAGGUUUCCAAUCUCCGUUGCCAACCGUGUCAAGCAAAUCAGAGACUUUUCAGAACCUACUCAGUGGAAGUAUGUAGAUUCAAAAAGCAAUCCGGCUGAUGUUGCAUCCAGAGGUGUAUCUACAUCACAUCUGCUUACCUGUAUGAACUGGUUUCAUGGGCCCAAAUUUCUUUCUUCUUCAGAAUCAGAAUGGCCAGUACAGCCACAUCUUAUCCAUGAUGAGAAGAUGCAUGAAGAAACAGUCAUAGCAACCGAUGCUUCACAGGAUGACUGCUCUCACAACACUGUGAAUAAAUUGUUGGAACAUUACUCCAGCUGGUAUCGUCUGAAGCGUGCGGUAGCCAUAUAUCACAGAUUGUUUGACUCACUCAAGUCACGGAGCGAUGAGCAUCAAUACAAAAAUAAGAAGCAUGCUAAAAACAACAUAUCGCUUUCUGUGGAGGACCUCAGUCGAGCAGAGAAGAGUAUUCUUCAAUUUGUGCAGAAAAUACACUUCAACAAAGAGUUUGAACUGCUUCAAGGAUGUGAAGGUACACGAGGCCGAGUUCCAAGGACAAGUUCAGUGUAUAACCUUGACCCAUUCCUUGAAAGUGGAAUUCUCAAAGUCGGGGGUCGCAUUGGCAAAGCUAAUAUCCCCAAGGAGAUGAAGCACCCAGUUAUACUUCCUUACAGAAGUCACGUGACGUCACUGAUUAUUUACAGACCAGCACAUAAAGCUAGCCCAUGCAGGACGUAA